AUGGGACAUAACAGUGCUGUGUGUCUGACAGGUAUUCAGUGCUCUGGGGAUGAGUCUCACCUGGUGAACUGCAGUUCUCCACAGACAGUCAACUGUAGUGCUGGACGGGAAGUGUCCCUUCUCUGCUCAGGCAGCGCUGAUGUGAGGCUGGUGAAUGGUGCCAGUCCCUGUGAGGGGACAGUGGAGGUGUAUCAUGGUGGAGAGUGGGGGACAGUUUAUGACCUUGGCUGGGGUCUUGAUGAUGCUGCAGUGGUGUUCAGGCAGCUGGGCUGUGGAUCUGCUGUUUCAGCACCAGGAGAUACUCACUUUGGACCAGGGGCUGGAUCAGUCCUGCUGAGCUGGGUCGAGUGCAGAGGGUCAGAGUCUGUGCUGAGGGACUGUACAAAACGUGAAGUGAAACAAUAUGGCUACUUUCAUGUCUAUGAUGCUGGAGUGAUCUGUUCAGGUACAGGAGUGCGGUUAGCAGGGGGCAGGAGUCUCUGCUCUGGCAGAGUCGAGGUUCUACAUGGCUCAUCCUGGGGUACGAUCUGUGAGGCCGACUUUGACACGAAGGACGCGGAGGUCGUGUGCCACCAACUAGACUGCGGAUUUCCAGCAGAGCUACUGAGAGGGGCUCAAUUCGGAAAGGGGCAGGGGGUGAUCAGGACAGAGGAGAUCCAGUGUCAGGGAAAUGAGACCAGAAUCCAUGAUUGUCCCACCUCAACCAGGGAGCACCAGAGCUGCACUCACAGCAAUGACAUCAGCCUGGUUUGUACAGAAUACAGUGGCUACAGGCUGGUGGGCGGCCCUGACUCCUGUUCCGGCCGGGUGGAGCUGCAGUACCACGGUGAAGACAGGACAGUGUGUGACCAGUACUGGGACCUGAGAGAUGCCACUGUUCUCUGCCAGCAGCUGGGCUGUGGGGAGGCUGUAGCAGCACCAGGACAGGCCUGGUUUGGACAGGGCAAUGGAUCAACGGGGGUUGAUGUGUUUGAUUGCCAGGGCAAUGAAACCCAUCUCUCUCAGUGUGCUGUCUCUUCAUGGGGCAGAGCUGGUUGCUCUCACAAGCAGGAUGUUGGAGUAAUUUGUUCUAGUAAGAACUAACACAUUUUUACAUUUUCAGAAUAAAGCUUUAAAUAAAAGAUUGGUAGGUGGUCAAAUCUGAAUCCCUCCCACAUUCUCAUGAGGCAGCCUAAGCCAUUUACAGUUCCCAAGUCAGCCAUUGAAAGCAGUCCUCCCACUGGAAUCACCAAGCAUCCCUCCCUUUUCAAACUGCCCUGGCAUCCACAGAGCUCCAACACCACCAUGAUCACCUCUCAAUCAGCCUCUAUUCCCAUAGUCCUCUCUCAUCUCCAAAGAGGUCCACCACAACCAUGUUCCUAAGACCACUCUCCAUCCUGCCCUCCAUUCUAUCCAUUCCUUCCCUAUUCAUCUGUUGUCUCCAUGCCUUGCCCUAUUCACUGCUACAUGCUGUUCUGUGGGUGCCUGCCACAAUACUUAUUCACAAGGAAUGAGCCAGGGAGCUGCCGCAAGGUUGCAGUCGAGGUGAAUGGGGGGCGUGGAGCUAGAAAUGAAGAAGGCAGCCAGCCAGUAUUUAUA